UAAAACUGAUAUAUCAUUCGUACUGUGUGUAGAGAACCACACAAGUAGAACAGAAUCUCCGGAUUUGACAGUCUGCAUCGUCAUCAAGUUGAAUUCAAUAUCGAGCCGCGCCUACGCAAAAGUGAUGUCGAAACGCGCGGGAGAUGGGAGCGCCGUUUCAAGGCGUAAGAAGACAAAGAAGGAAGAUCGGACCAAGUUGAAAGGAUUUGAUGAAGAGAAAUUCACAGAGACGAAAUACUAUGAGGAGAAUGGACUACAGAAAGUUCAACCUUAUUACUUCACAUUCACCAGCUAUGCAAAGGGCCGAUGGAUAGGCUCGACUAUCUACGAUGUCUUUUGCAAGGAGUUUCGAUCAGAAACACCUCAAUAUUAUGAAAAAGCAAUUAAAGUUGGGAGGGUGACUGUUAAUGGGAAAACGGUGGGACUUGAUGCUGUCGUAUGCAACAAUGAUGUUAUUUGUCACAAGGUCCAUAGACACGAGCCUCCUGUGACUGCAACUUCGAUCAAGAUUCUUGAAUCAAACGAUGAUAUUCUGGUGGUCAAUAAGCCGUCAUCAAUUCCAGUUCACCCUUGUGGUAGGUACAGACACAAUACAGUUGUGUUUCAAUUAGGACGAGAAUAUGGAUUCAAGAACUUACACACUCUUCACAGAAUUGAUCGCUUGACGUCAGGAGUUCUCAUGUUUGCUAAAUCAGCAACUGUGGCAAGGAAAUUUGAAACCGAAAUCAGAGAACGAGAAGUCAUAAAGGAAUACGUUUGUCGUGUACAGGGAGAGUUCCCAAGUGAUUGUGUGGAGUGCACUGAGCCUAUUGUUAUUGUCUCUCACAAGAUUGGAGUGUGUCGGGUGUCUCCGGAUGGAAAAGCGUGUCGCACGACGUUUUAUAGGAUGGGCUACGAUGGAGAGACGAGUGUUGUGAAAUGCGUUCCUUAUACAGGACGGAUGCAUCAAAUUAGAGUGCAUUUGCAGUGGCUUGGAUUUCCAAUAGUCAACGAUCCUUUAUAUAACCAUUCUGCUUGGGGUCCAACUCGAGGAAAGAAAGGAGAGGGAAUCGAGUCAAUAGACACCAUUAUUAGCAAGCUUUUGGUCGCUGAGUUUGGCAACGACGAGGGAAACUCUCAACUCCGAGCUGUGAGAUGCAGUUUUCAGCCACUAGUAGCGACAGACACAGACAAGGUGGCAGAGCAGUUACCGUUUCAAGGAGCACCACCCGACACACAAGAGGAAACUGGCGGAAAACAAAUAAGGAAACAGUCAGAGAGUGAGAGUUCGUGUGGUUUGUGUGACAGCCAUCAAGGUGCUGGUGAUAUGCGGACGGGAAACGGGUACGAGAUUGAUGCCGAUUGCACUGAGUGUAGUCUCUCUCGGCCGGAUCCACAACCUCAAGAUCUGAUGAUGUAUCUUCAUGCUCUUAGAUAUAAGGGUCCAGGAUGGGAGUACUUCACUGAUAUGCCAGACUGGGCACGAGACGACUGGAAAAACUGUAAAGAAACAAACGAAGAAACUAAAGGCUAAAGAUUGAAACUGUAGACACUUAACUUACAAAGACUAACUAUGUUAUCAUUAAUAUUAAUAUUUGGUAUGUGCAAUAGACAAUAUUGAAAUGAUGUUUGCUGUUGUAAGAGGCAUCAUUGCUUUUGAAAUUUCCAGAUGGUUGUAUAUGUACAGUAUAUAUGUAUGGUAGUUUCAGCUAUGA